GGUCCGACAGUCGACUGAUACACCUCUUUUGCUUGCCUUUUUCCCCCCACCACGUUGCUGUGGACUUAAUGUUUUCAUUCAUGACGUUCAAAUUUUUUUUCCUUGCGAAUCUUUCCAUUUUGAUUUCAAUUCAACAAUGUCAAUUCUGUUCCCAUUUUCUGGUUUCGUGCGCGCUCCUCGUUUUCAUUGAUGCGUGUUUGUGCUAUUUGACCACUGGGGGGGGUGCAGGGCACGAGAUUUCCGCACGCGACGGGGAGUCUGAUGAUCAUGACCAAGCUAAAUUAUCUAUCUAUCCUGCGAACCCUCGCACCCGUCCACCACGCCACACCCACGGCUUCGACUCCACUUCCAGACGCAGACGUUGCCGGAGAGGGAGAAGGCAGCGCACAAGCGGUUUCCUAUUGGAGAGACGAGUCGCAACGGGCUCCUGCCGCCGGUGAUUCCGGAGUAUCAUCGUCGGCGCAGGUGGUGGUCGAGCGCGAGCACGAGCAUGCAGAAGACGACGUAUCGGAAGAAGCGGCACGCAACGCUUUCACGUUUUACGAUUCUCCUUUGACGGCGUAUCCGCUGUUGCGAUCUCGAUUGGAACCGGCGAGUGGGGAUACCGGGGGGCAUCAUAGUGCCAUAGAAGCGCCACUAGCUGCUUCUUCAGUUUCCUUUCCUUUCCGUGGUGCAUUGUCGAGGAUGGCUCACGCUUCCAUUCCUAUGAUGUUGCCAGACCUCAAGCCGCUGAAGCAGGCUAUACUGUUGCGCAGGUUAACCGAGAUGACUGCGGGUGAUGCAAGUAUCCGGGUAUGUCAGUACGAGGUACCCGGAGGAGGCACAUGUCGCAAUGAUGAAUGCGAAGAGCUACACCUGAGUCGGAUUAGCUGCGAGCCGAGCGAUGCGGAGGUCGCGGCUUACGUGCACAGCAGGCUUUCGAGCCCGUGGCGAGGGCGCUGUGAUGCACGUGCGAUUGCAAUUGGGCUGGAGAGUGUGCGACUGCGAGCCGGGGGCACUGGUGACCUUGACGCAGACGUCGUGACGGCGUUGAGCGAGCUUGGUGUACCUGCGACCCCGGGCGAUGAUAAUGAUGAUAUUCGAGUGUCAAUAACCACCGGGAAGAGCGCUGAGCGCCACAGGAGAGCGAUGUAGAUUUGAUUGAUUUGUAAUAGGGUAUUUGAUCAUGAUCAUGUGACGAAUGACAUUGUUAGUCAUGGAUGGGACCGAAAUAGGACAUUGCCAUUCCUGGAUGCAAGAUCCGAAAACGGCUAGACUGAUCUGAUUCGAGCGGAGACUGCGGA